UGAUUGAUCUCAUUCAUGCAAUGACUCGGCAUUUUGAGUCGAGGAAAGAUCUAGGAUAGUCGUGUUCCCAAUCACCUCGAAGUUCGUUUGCUCGUCGUCAAAUAUGGUUCAUUACAAGCUUACCUACUUUGAUGCCAGGGGAAGGGCAGAACUCUCUAGAUUGAUAUUUGCGGUUGCUGGAGUCGAGUAUGGAGAUGUCCGCAUUAGCUUUGAAGAAUGGGGAAAGCUGAAACCAAACACACCAUUCGGUUCGCUGCCCUACCUGGAGGUCGAUGGUAAAACAAUCGCGCAAAGCCAGGCCAUUGUCAGAUUUCUUGCGAAUGUGUUCGAUUUGGCAGGUGCCGACCACUUCGAAAAAGCCAAAGUCGACGAAGCCGCAGAAUGUGCUCUCGAAAUUUUGACAGAUGCAGUCAAGGUGACGUUCGCUCCAGAAGCGGAGAAGGAGGCGAAGACAAAGGAGUUUGUCUCAAAGACUUGGCCAUCACAUGUGGUGAAGAUUGAAAAGAUUUUAGCUUCAAACCCGACGGGUUUCCUCGUCGGCUCUAAGCUUACCUACGCAGAUUUGGCGCUUUUCUCAAUCUUGGACACCGUCUGCUCGUUCGAGGGAGCAACUGUCAGCGGGCCCAUUGCGCAGCACAGGAAGAAGGUCGGUGCAGUCCCGGCCAUUGCUAAAUGGAUUAGCGCCAGACCAAAGAAUACGUUCUAGACCUGCAGCUUCCGAAUCAUCGACGGCCAACAAAAGCUGACAGUUACUUCAUAGAUGUAGAUAUUGAUGAUGUUGUUUAGCAAAGAGGGUGGAAGUUGUUGGUACAAUUAAGGGAAAUGAAAUUUUCCAUGGUCUAAAAAGAUGUAAAAAAAUGUCCUUCAUGUGUCAUUUGGUUACUCAGUUUAUUGCCACAAUAAUAUACAUGUAUACAAACAUUUAAAAAAUUACAGUACAGGGUUAAAAAUAUUUAUCAUUGCGCCUUACUUUAUUAUGACCGUCGUAUAUAGAAAUAAAGAUACUGAAAAUGAUACAUUCAAUGCACAUGUAAGAUACUUAAUUCCCGGCUGAUCAGCCAUUUUGUUGACACAGCUCCAGAAAAUGGACGCGUGAAGCGAUCGGUUCUCUGUUGCGCCAUUGAGUCUGACGUUACAUCAUAUAAUAAAAAUAAUCGACCCAGUGUCUCUUUUAAGAAA